AUAAAAGGCACUGGUCUGUGGCUUGAUCAUUUGCAUAUCAAGAGUCACACAAACAAAAUGCGUGUUUUGUUGUUGGGCCUCCUCGCCACCUUCUUCAUGGCUCACGACUCCCAUUUGCAAUCAAACAAGAAAGGGGAGCAAUUCAACAUUUCCUCCGAGUUGAAGUUGUUGUCGAACGGGAAAAAAUAUAUGUUCUCCUACAGAAGUAAUUACCUUGGAUAUCCCACAAACUGGGUGAAAGCAAACGAGACAUGUGCCGAACUGAACCUCCACUUGGCGACUUUUCAUGACGAGACUGAUCUCAAAGCGGUGUGGGCCGAAACCCAAACAUUUCUUCCCCUGUUCGGUUGGUGGGUUUCGGCAAAGAAGGACGUGGACUUCCUUUGGCACGACGGAACCAAACUGAAAUUGGACAGUCCGUUGUGGAGGGAAGAGAAAGUGGAAAAGGGUCACGACUGCGUUUACGUCUCCUCCUUCGGGAAAGGAAAACUCAACAGCAAUCCGUGCGAGACGAAUUUUUUCUUCAUUUGCGAGCAGCCAGACACGGUUUGCAGAGAAUAACCUUUCAAAUGGUCAAUUUAUUUAGUCUGUUUACAGUUUUUUAAAAUCACUGAGCACUUUCAAUUUUUUAUUUAAGAAAAAUUGACUAAAAACUAUAAUAAAAUGCAUAAAAAUUAUAAUCUUAAUGUUGUUA